AUGCAAGCGACCGCCGCCGCUGCAGUAGGACUGAUAUUGGUUAUUUUGAUACUCAUUGUUAAAUGGAAAUGGAGGAGUAGUAAGCCACUACCAAGUCAGCCUUGUAGUCCAGUUCAGUUGGUACACCGACUGUGUCCCCAUCACAACGUGGUGCAGAGCUUCGAAGUGGAACAGAAGGACAGCCUCGAUGAACAUCUCGAUGUACUCACUCGGAAACUUGCGGAAAAGGAAGGGCGUCUUCACAUUUCUAAAUCGAAAGUCCGUGAAACUCAGUGUGAAAUUGAGAACUUGCACGCCAUAGAUAACGACGUGAGGACAAAGUACAAAGAGAUCAUGGAGUCGCUGAAGAACGAUCUCCUUACGAACGAGAAGGAGUGCAAGAAACUCCAGGAACAGAUCGAGUGGGUGUCGCGAAGACGCGCUGAACUUAGAGACGAGGUGCGCCGUGGUCAACGAUUAUAUGGUGAAGCAGCAGCUGAAUUGGCAAGCAACUUGACUGAACUUCAACGUGGACGUUCCGUAGACCACAAAGUGAUAGAAAAGCCGUAUAAACAAAGUUCUCUAUUAUCUAUACGUCAUAGGAAAGAGCCCGCCCUACCUCGAUCAUCACCCUUCAGCUCGUUGAUUAUAAAAGGAUCACCGCCGCGUUCCAAUGAAUCUUUUCGUAUACCUGAACAUUAUUAGAGUCCCAUGUCGCUUAUGAUAGCCAGUUACUUGUCAAUUUUUGUUUUGAUUUUAUAUUGAAAUUGUGUAAUAAUUAUAACAAUUAUAAUUGUAUUUAUUUUA